AUGUAUGUAUUACCUUAUUUAGAAUACGAUUCAGCUGCAUUAAUUAAAUCUAUAGAAUCAAUUGAAUAAUCAUCUUGGGUUUUAUUUGAUUAAAAAUAUGAUCACAUUUGGAUUGAUGAAAGUAAACAAAUAUUUCUUUAAUUCUAAAAGUAAUUGAAUCAAUAACAAAGAUAACAUAUUGCUUGUGGUUAUCAUGCAGCUGAAUUAUAAAAAUAAUUAAUAUUUAUAGGAUCUGAAGAUAGUGAAUUGUUAUAAAGAUUAAUUUUACAUUUUGAAUAUGGAAAAAUAGAAAAAUGA